AUGCCAGGAAGACCAAAGAAGUAUCAGAGGAAGAUGGGAACAGAUGAGAUCAAUGGAAAACAUGUUAGUGAGCAAUCUAAAAAUGAUGCUACACCUAAUCAGGUGAGAUUGAGCAAGAAAGGUGUGACAAUGAGAUGUUCAAUCUGCAAGCAACCAAACCACAAUUCAAGGGGUUGCCACAAAAAUAAGAGAAAUGAUGUGCCUGCUCCAGUUCAAACAGAAUCAACUGCAAAGAAGAGAAAGAGAAAGAGUCCUAGCAAAUCCAACUUUGAAGGGAAUGAUUUGCAGAGCAUAAGGAAGAGUCCUAGACUGAAGGAGAAAGCCCAAAGAGUUGAAGGAGUCUCAGAGAUAAGGCCACAAAAGGAAAAAAGCAUCAAAGCUGGAGGAUCCUCACAAGAGCCAGCAAAAAAGGGUAAACACAACAAAGUUGGAGAAUCCUCACAAAAUCCAGGAAAUGGAAAAGGAAAAGAAAUAGUCAUUGCUGGAAAUGAUGGUGUCAAAGCUAAGUUGCCAGUGAAAAGGAGCUUGAGGCUACAAGGUCUUGUUGGUGAAAAGCCACAAGCUCUUACACAACCUGUUAGGCCACAAGGAAGGAGCAGCAUGCUUGAUGGUGUGAGAUUUUCCACAAGAAAAAGGGUUGCAUACUCUCAAGACUAG